GUGUAUUUCCAUAUCGAAAGUGUCUCGCGGGCACCUACGCCGCUGAAAUGGCUGCCGCGGCUGCAGAAGGACCCGCCGCAAUGUUUGUUGAGAGCGUCGCAGCGGCCGUAGAUACACGCGAGGGCGACGGCGGGGAGAAAGAUGAGGGGGGCCCUAGCGAACCGGAAACGGGAGGACGGGGCGGUGGCGCAGAACCGACAUUGUCAGCGUCCGACGCGGCGGCCGCCGAAGAGGAGCCCGCGGUUGCUGCGGCAGAGAAGGCCCUUCGGGAUGCGGUGACAAGCGGCGGCGUGCGGGCGAACGCGGAGGCGACGGCCGCCCCCGAAGAACCGCAGCGAAAGAUGGAGUCGCAGGGAAAGCCGGGGGAAGGAAACAACGAACCUGGCGCCGUUGACGCAUCGAAAGAAACUAAGGAGGGACCGGGAGAAGGCGGCCAGUGUCCAGGCACCGACUGCCCGAAGAGCGAAACGGUUGGCGAAGACGGCGAGAAAGCGCGCGGCGGUGGCGGCGAGCCGCACGAAGAGAGGCGGCAGAGUGUGGAGAUCUCCUCCUCGGAUGGGGAGCCGUUGAGCCGUAUGGACUCGGAGGACAGUGUCAGCAGCACCAUGAUGGAGAUGGAGAGCACCAUGUCCUGCGGGCGCUCCACCCCGGCUAUGAUGAACGGGCAGGGCAGUGUCAGCUCCUCCGGGGACAAGAGCGUGGCCUUCCCCUGCUGCUGGGACCUCUGUCCGCAGUCCUUCAACUCCAGUCCUGACCUGGCAGAGCACAUUCGUGGCGUCCAUGUGGACGGACAGAGAGGAGGGGUGUUUCUGUGUCUAUGGAAGGGUUGUAAAGUGUAUAACACCCCGUCCACCAGUCAAAGCUGGCUCCAGAGACACAUGCUGACCCACAGUGGAGACAAGCCCUUCAAGUGUGUAGUUGGUGGCUGCAACGCCAGCUUCGCCUCCCAAGGAGGGUUAGCUCGCCACGUCCCCAGCCACUUCAACCAGCAGAGCUCCUCCAAAAUGUCCGGACAGUCCAAACUUAAGGAAGAGUCGUCCUCCAAAGCUGUGCUCAGCAGGAGGAGGAAACUCAAGAACAGACGCAGGUGCUCCCUAACGAGGCCCCACGACUUCUUUGAUGCCCAAACCAUUGACGCCAUUCGCCACAGGGCCGUCUGCCUUAACCUGUCCACCCACAUUGAGAGUGUGGGCAACGGCCACAGCGUGGUCUUCAACAGCACGGUGGUGGCCAAAAGGAAAGAGGGGUCUGGCAAGGUGAAGGUCCUCCUACAUUGGACACCUGAGGACAUACUCCCCGACGUAUGGGUGAAUGAAACGGAGCGAUCUCAGCUGAAGUCUAAAGUGGUGCACUUAUCCCAGUUACCGCAGGACGCUGCCAUGCUGCUCGACCCAAACAUCUAUAGGGCACUUCCUCAAAAGCGGCUGAAGCGCAGCCUGUGAGGACUCGUCACAGUGGACUUGGUGCUUGAGUCUCCAUGGGACGGGACGCUCUUGGUGCCGUCUCCGCUGAGCGAGGGGACGAUUGAACGGAAAGGAAAUGAAAACUUGGGAUUUCUCCCUCUUUGGUUUUGUUUAUGUGAACAACGGUAGAAAGAUGAGACUCACAACUUUUUGAAGAGUUCAAAAAUGAAAUGAAUGUUACUUUUUUAACUUAAAAUAUUGUUAAUACACUGUUUUUUUGUCAACUAUUUAUGCUGAUUUGUAACUUAUUUUUAUACCAUGCAAAUGCUGAUGUAAUGUGAAGGUUUUUGAACAGAGCCGUAUUUACUGUGAUAAUCUAUGUUUACUGUCACUUUUAGGCAUAUUUGGUAAUGUAUAGUUGUAACUAAGCUGUACAUGAAAGAAGCCUUUGGAUGAUCCUAUUUAUACCUACAGAACGCAGUACUUUUAAAUGUAUUAGUGACAUUAAAGAGGGAGGUUUGAAGGUCUGAAUCUUAGUCAGCAUGGAUAUGACUAACGUUUGUAUCAAGCACUCAAAGUGUGAAUCACAACAGUUAAUGUUCUCCCCCAAGUAACGUAAACUGCGUAUAUUAUAGUUGUUCAUUUACUUUACUGCUCUUUAAGCACACGGAAGCAAAAAAAAAACAAAUGGUCUUUUACUGUAUGCGAUGGAAUGCUCUGCAAUAAAAACGAGGGAAAGGAC